UGUGCAUUGUUUACAUUUGCAGAGGAAAAUUUUCCAUUCUAUCUCAUCGACCUAGCAAUGUGCCGGAUUACGUGCAUCGUUUAGGGAACGGAACAGCAUUGCCAUAGCCGAAAUGGUCAAUUCGCCGAGCACGCAUCGCAUCCGAAGAUUUCGUUCUCGAUUCCCCGACGUGAGCCUGGCAGGACCAUCCGUGUAAGAAAACGCUAUCCCUGAGGCGCCGCAGUGCUUGACAAUCCGUGCCCAAGCAUUUGGACACAAAUUACAAGCGUAUCAAUUUACGCCUGGCGUCUCCGGAAGACCAGCGGAUUGGCAGAAUCACAAGAGUCCAGAUUCUGUGGCAUCAGUAGCAAACGGUCAUGAAGAUCCUACUCCUGCAGUAGCAAAUAUGGUUAAAGAAAUGCCGUCGAGCACGGUUUCGAGCCGCGAUGAAGAAUGUUUAAGAAAGUCCUUAAUGGAGGUUGUGAAAAGUGAUUCAAGCAGCAUAUGCCGGUUAUGUUUAUCCAAGGAGCAAAAACUAACCCGCGUCUUCGAGGACGAAAGUGGAAUUGAUGACGCGCUCCUCAAGAAGAUUUUUGACUGCACAUCGGUGAAGGUGAAACUUAAAAACGUCUUCCCUUCUGCUAUCUGUGCCAUUUGCGAUCUGAAAUUAAAUGAUUUCUAUAAGUUCCGCGAGAAAUGCAUCGAAAACAACACGAUCCUGCACAAUCUUCUGGGAGAAACGGAUCUGUCGAGUGAGGUCCAAGAUCCCGGGACGACAUCCGAACCGGCGAAAGAUGGAGAGUACAUGCAGCAGGAUGAAGAAAAAGAGCACGAGCAGCAGGCGGCCACAUCGACCACGUCGAUAACAGAAAGUCAACAGAAUGAAGCAACGGUGGCCAUCGCGUUGAACCAACUGUCCGAGCUCGGCAUACGCACGAUGCUUGACAUGGCAGCGGCGGAAAAAGACGACGGGUUGGACGUGGGGGGGGGAAGUAAUGUCGUUUCCUCGUCUUGGGGUGCUACGGUGCAAGCGGCGGCGCAGGCGGAAUCGGUAUCGACCGCUCACAGUACCAACCGGAAACGGACGUGCGUCCUAUCGGAAAUGGAAAUGGACUCUGCUGCCGGUGCCGGACUUCGUAGGGAGGGAAAGUACGAGUGCAAAGAGUGCCGGCGAACGUUCCGGAAUGCGUACACCCUUCGGCGCCACAACAACCUGCACACGCGCACGAACCUCUUUCCGUGCGAAUACUGCGGCAAGAAGUUUAAUGACCGAUCGAACUGGAAGAUUCAUCAGCGCUCUCACACGGGCGACAAUCUGUACACCUGUCUGGUGUGCCUGAAAACGUUCAUCUCGCCCUCGACGCUGAAGUAUCAUUUACGUUCCCAUCGGCGGCUGGAAUCGUUCGAUUGUCGCGUGUGCCACGAAUCCUUCGGAAGCUACGAUUUGUUGGAGGAGCACGCAAGAAACUUGCAUCAGCAGCAGGGUUACAUGGGCAUGGAGGACUAUGCGGCGGACGGUGAUCAGCUGAUCGAUGCGGCACGCUUUGUUAAAAUCGAACUGGAGGACGGUGAGCUACCAUCGCCAGCGAUGGCAGCGGACAUUUCGACGACGAGUCAGAGCAAAAGAAUGGCGAACCAUAGCAUCGGUGACGAUGACGACGAUCUCGAUGAAGAUAUGCAACUGCCUGACGAAGGGAUGCUUCUCCGCGAGGCGAAUGGUAAAGAUCAUCCCCAGCGUCAACAGGAGCAUCAGGAGUUGGUUGGAAGUAGUCUCGGCCAAGGUUGCCCAGUCAGUCACGCGCAAGUGGCUCAGUUAGUGGAGCAGCGGCGACAACAACUGUUAGAGCAGGUGCUUCAGGAGCAGGCGAAAAAUAUGGGAAUACUCAUGACCACCGGCAAUGAAAUGUCGACAAUCAAGCAGGAGGUCCCGGCCGACCGGAGUGGUGGUGGUGAUGUCCAGGUAAAGGAAGAACCGCAGGACGAUUCGUUCGAGAUGGAUCCUAGCGAGUUGUUGCAGCAAGCCAUGGAAGAAGCGGACGUUGGCGAUCAGGAAAAAGAACACUCAUCAUCUUCCUCAUCGUCACCGUCGACGGUGAUUAUGUUCCGAUGCGACUAUUGCAUGAAAAUAUUUCGCUAUCUUGACGAGCUGAACGCACACAUGGUACUGCAUAAUGGAAUCAAUGGUGCAGCCGGAAACAGUGCGCUCGUGCUCGGAUCACUAGACCCCAGCGGAGCCUCCACCGCAGUCGCCCAUCUACCCCUGACGGAUCAAAUGCGAACGAAUGAGCACGACGCGGCACAACUGCAAGCGCUUAUGCUGAAACAGUUUGCAGCUUCUCGAAGUAGACCGAUCGGUUCCGAUGAAGGUUCCUUUGCUGGCGCCGUAUCUCAGCAGUAUUCUGCGCCGGGCCAGCAGCUACAGGUCGUGUACCGUCGGGUCGGGGAUGGUGUUCCGUCUGGCAUUACGGAGCGCCGAAGAAACGCGUUCGAACCGGAUCCGGAGGAGAUUGUGAACGUGCCUCCACCGGAGCACCCCUGCUCGAAGUGCUCGAAGAUGUUUCGCACGGAGGAGCUGCGCCGCGUGCAUGAGGCGACGCACGCGAACGAUGAGCUGGUGAACAAGGUGCGCAGCUGUCGUUUCUGUAACAAGGUAUUCAAAUGUGAGUUGAACCUGUUGGCUCAUUUGCGUAAGCACCACUCGCACCAUUCGAUGCCUGGCGAGUCAGAUGGCGGAACCGGUGGAGCUGAUAGUUCAGGCAGUGGCAACGAGGAGUCUUGUUCAUCUAUCUCCAAUGCCAUUCAGCAGCAACGACAGCUAGAUCAGUCAACCAGUAACGAAGGGGCUGCAGCAGAGCUUCACGGUGACGGUGGAGGGGCAAUCAGUGAUGGGGAGGCAGGCAGCGGGUCCACGGGCGGAAAGUCGCUGGUCAGUCGCCGGUGUGAGAUUUGCGCCAUCAGCUUCACCGAUGGGGCGCUGCUCGAGAAGCACGUGCUGAGUCACUUCGAGCGCAACGAAGCAGUCGCGUUCGUGCCAUCAACCGACCGGCCGUUCAAGUGCACCGAGUGUCACAAGCGCUUCAAGAGAAAAGACUACCUGCUUAUCCACAUCCGGACGCACACGGGCGAGCGGCGGUACAAGUGCGAUCUGUGCUCGAGUGCAUUCGUACAUCCCUCGAAUCUGAUAACGCACCGCAAGCUGCAUUCGAACGAACGUCCUCACAAGUGCAAUCUGUGCAGUGCCACCUUUAAGCUGUUUGCCGGAUUGAAGAUCCACCGGAGGCGUUGUGAGCAAAAGCUGCCCCGACUAACCAGCGGUUCGUCGGAUCAGGAAGAUCAUUGCUUCCGUUGGGGAAAGUAGGCUCUCGCUUUCGCUAGGAGAAGAGUAUACAUUUAAGCUGUGAACCUUAACGUAUGCAGCGGUCAUACAUACACACACAUACAGUCAGUGGCCAUAAAAUAGCAACGCUUUUCAAGCAAAACUAACCUCCAAGAGACGUAAGUAUGUACUAGAAAACACGAAAAGAAUGCGCGAAUCUACUCGCAUCGCAGGUUGCUACUUUAAAAGUAACAAAAUGAAUGCCAUCUGGCCGGAAUAAUUUCGUGAUACGGAGCAGCACCUUUGGUUUGCCUAAAAGAAAUAUUGUUUAAUUUUUUUUAACCUUUUUUUAGGAAUAGAAGAUUUUACAUUUUUGGUAGUAUUUUUUUUUUCUUAUCAUGAGUUACUUAGAGUAUCUUUAUUUUUCAAUCACUAAAAGAAACAAUCGUGCCGUAGGAAUAGUGUCCUCCUUCCCGCUAGUUUUCACACCAUAAAAGUGUGCGUAUCCUAUCAGGUAUUAAGUCAUAAAGCGUAUCUAUUUCAGAAGUUUACCUAUUUAAAAACAGGAAACUAUCCUAAGAAGAACCUAUUUUUUAGUAGCUGAUAAGUCGAAGAAGUAAUUCUCAUGUGACAUUACGAACAAAUGCAUUAAAAAGGUAAAGAAUCUAGAAUCGAGAUAGCAAUGCAGUAAUGUUUAGAAUAUGCUCAACUUUCUGUCUGAUGUAGACUUGGAAACACGAAGAGGAGGAGCGAACACAGUUUGGGUGUUAUUUCAUCUUACUGGAUAAGUGAAGAGGGGUUUCCUCAGGUCAAUCUAUUUUUUUUUCUUUAACACAUGGAAUCGUUCCUAUGCCCGUUUUAAAUCAAAAUCUACUUUUCUUCGGAAUACAAUUCAGAAAUAAUUGUUGGACGUUGUGCUUCGGAAUGGAAUAGAACCGAAAGAUACUUUAUAUAGCUUAAGCACGUAAGAGCAAGCAUUUUCAAAUGUUUGUAACCCAAACGUUUGCCCUUUCACUCGUCAACUACAACGAAUUGUUGUUCGAUUGAAGAUACUUCCGUUUUACAAUUAAGGAGAGCAGAUAGGACAACUGUGCAAGAACUCUUAAAGUUAAUAUAAGAUAGACUAAAUGAUUGGUGCGUCCCAGGCGGUACACCGUCACCCCCUUAUUGUAAUUUUCUUUCGUUCGUUGCUUGGAACUGUUUGGAAGUCG